AUGGAAGAAGGGCUGUCAUGGCCUAUGACAUCCAUGACCUUUGAGCUGCAGCAGGGCUUGGUGUCCUCUCCUCAGAGAGGAGACCAAGAUAUCAAGACAGCCCGGAGGAGGAGAAGGGCCACGAGGAAGGAGCGCAUCGCCGCGCGCCGCCGCCGCAUCGCCGCGCGCCUCGACGCCAGGCGCCGGGAAGCCCUUGGAGAAGAUGCAGAGACAAAGACGACCGAGGAGGAGGAGAAGGAGCAGAGAGGAAGCCACAAGCAGAUCGAGGAGAGCAGGCAGAGGCUGGCCAAGCUGCUCUUCGAGGGCACGCAGCUGGUGACCAACAUCCAGGUGGCUGCGGACUGCAGGGAAGCGCAGAGGAGGACGGAGGAGGCCGAGCUGAGGCUGCAGAGGGUGGAGAGGCUGGAGAAUGAAGCCAAGACCGACGCCUGCAAAUUUGAGGAGAUCGCCUCCAAGUGGACCUUGGCCAAGGAGAAGACAAUCCCGCAGGAGCUGUGGGAGCUGCUGAACCAGCAGCAGCGGCAGUGCACGCUGCUCCUGGAGGAGAAGAACAAGCUCAUCGGGGAACUGCGGCAGGAGCUGCAAAGCAAAGAUGAGCAAUACGUGUAUGCCCUGAAGAAGCAGUCGGAUGAUAUCCACCUCCUUUCGGAGCGAAUGGAGGAGCAGAUCAGGAACAUGCUGAAGAACUAUCGUCAUGAGCUUCUGCAGAUUGAGAAAGCGUUUGAGCUGGAGCGCCAAGAGCUGCUGGACGACAAUAAGAAGAAAUGGGAGGAAGCCCUCCAGGCCCACAACGCACAGGAGCUGGAAGACCUGGCUGCCCGUAUGAAGAAGGUGGAGGAGUUUGAGAAGCAGUUGAAUCAGCUGCACGUGCAGGGCGUGGAGGAGUAUAACACCAUGAAAAGCCAGCUGGAAUCUAACGUGCAGACCUUGGAGGAGCAGCUCCAGAAGGUAAAAGCCACCUAUCAGCUGAACCAGGAGAAGCUGGAGUACAACCUUCAGGUGCUCAAAAAGCAAGAUGAGGAGAACACCAUCAUCAAAUCCCAGCAGAAGAGGAAGCUCAACAGGCUCCACGACGUGCUCAAUAACCUGAGAAGAAAACUGGCCAAACAAGAGAAGCAGCUCAGGGAGGAGAACCAGAACCUGGCAGCCGACUACGAGCGCAUCGUGGUGCAGUGCAAGGAGCUGCAGAAAAUGAUGAGGCAUUUUGCUGCCAGCGACGCGGAGAAGUUCACGGAGGUCUGGCUCAUGAAUGAGGAGGAGGCCAAAGGGCUGAUACGCAGAGCCUUCGAGGCGGACCGCAUCAUCCACACGCAGCAGCUGGGGCUGCCCUGGGAAGAGCCUCGCUACUGGUUCCUGAACAACACCGGCCCCCUCAAGGACUACGAGACCAAGAGCUCUGCCUCCAAGCUGGCCGCGGAGCUGCUGGCAGRGAGCAGCUGUGGGGGACAGGAGGAGGAAGGAAGAGAAAAGGAGAAGGAAGAAAUGGCCAGUGGAGAAGGAGGAAGUGAGAACSCCGAAAAGGCUGAGGAUCAAGUGGCACCUCUGCAAAAUAUCUCCAGGAAGACGGCCAAGAGGAUCCUGGAGCUCGUGAGCGAUGAGUCGGGCUUCCUCAUUGAGAGCAAACUGCUGAGGCUCCUGCAGCCGCUGGGCAAGCACGAGCGCACCCUCGUGAAGCUCGACUCCAUCUUUGCUGCCCUCGAGAUUGACAGCGAGGACGACCUGUACGAGCUGGUGGAUUUCUUCCUGAAGUACAGAGCCCAGGACGUGACCGUCACGCAGGCUGCCCAGGAGAGCCCRGCCAGGCAGGAUGCCGCGGAUCCGGCCGCAGACACAGCAGAGGAUGGCUCGGGUUCCCAGAGGUGCGAGCUGACGUCCCCGCGGGGCUCGCUGCACUCCCUUCCACCCACGUACGUCCGUGCCGACGACAUCCUGAGGAUCCUCAAGGCUUUCGUGCGGGAUUUUGACAAGCUGAGGUGAGACCGGGAGCAGGGCGCGAUGCCAGGGACGGAGCCGGGCUGGGAGGACCAUUCGGCGAAGGAWUCGCUGCGGGGCCGGGACAGCUCCAAGGACGCCGAGUACUGGGACGCGCUGGCACACGCCAUCCCCGAGUCCAAGCUGAAGCUUUGGGACGCGCUCCUGCUGGCGCUGGAGCGAUACCACGGGGUGCUGGCGCAGAGGGCCGCCCUGAUCAGCGAGGUGGCUGCGCUGCAGCAGCAGAACUCGGAGCUCUGCCUGCUCCUGGAGCAGUACCUCGCUUCCAAGGUGAACAGCCAGCUGCUCUCCCCUCCCAUACAGUGGAUGGACCUGAAUCCGCCCGGCCUCAGGGAAGCGGAAUGAUCCAGCCUCCAGGAAUGAUCCGAGGCUGCGUCUGGAGCCGGUGCCUCCCGGUGUCUCUGCCCCUUGCAGACCUCCGGAUGCCUCCAGAUCCACGGAGCUCAGCAGUUGCUGCGGCUGGUUGAUGUCCCCAGUUUUGGGACCGGUCCCUUCAGUGGGGGCUGUGGCAGCUCCAUCCGUGUGGCUGCUCCCAGCCUUAUCCCUGACCCUGAUCCAGCCCUUCCCUCUUAAACAGGACACUCAAGACUUAAUUAGAAGGAUUUGGCUGUUUACUGAUUAAGCAGAACCUCUAAGCUACCGACAACACCUUAAUGGGCUGACCAACACAGCCC